AAUGGGAAUAAGACAAUCAGCUGCAAUAAAAUAAGACUUUAUAUAACUUAAUUGUAAUGAUUUCAUAUCAUAUUGUAUAAAAUAGAGAAGAAAAUAUCAUUAUCUGGAUUCACUUUUAAGGGACUAUUAGAACAUCAUAGCAGAGGUUACAUUUAUAAUUGGAUUGUUGAAUAGGAUGGCAACCCUGAUUUAUUAGUAAUGAAGAUGAUACCAAAAUUACAAUUAUAUAAUGAAAAGAAGAUAAAAGCAUAUAUUAGAGAAUUAUUCAUGAUGGUUUCAUUACAAUUUCCUUUUUUAAUCCAACCAUUUUAUGCAUUUUAAGACACAUACAAUUUGUAUUUGGUUUUAGAAUAUGUUCCUGGUGGAGAUUUAAGAACUUAAUUAAAGUUAUAAACAAUGAAUGAAGGAGAAGCAAGUAUAAAAUAAAUAUUAAGAGAGAAUAGAAAUGUUGAUAGCUCAAUUAUUAAUAGCAUUAAACUUUUUACAUUAAAAAAGAGUAAUUCACACAAAUCUAAAUCCAUGUAAUAUUCUUUUGGAUAACAGUGGUUAUAUUAAAUUAUAUGGUUUACACUCUUCUAGUUGUGGUGGUUAAUUUAGAAUUGAAGAUGAUAUAUCUGAGUAUAUGGCCCCAGAAGUAUUAUUAAGGGAAGAAUUUGGAUUUGAAGCAGAUUAUUAUUCAAUAGGUGUUUUAUUAUAUGAAAUAAUGGCAUAAAGAGUAAGAAAUAUAAUUAAUAUAAAAAUUAGAAAAUGUAUGAAUACAAUUCAAUUGAUGAUAUGAUUGAUAAUAUUAUCAAUAAAUAAGUAUCUGUUAAGAAAUCAGAAUUAUCUGAAGGUUGGUCUUUGGAUGCAGCAGAUUUUAUAAAUAAAUUAAUUUAAAAAGAUCCCAAAAAUCGUUUAGGUUAUUAUGGAUUUUAAGAUAUAAAAAAACAUAUAUGGAUGGAAGGAGUGUAAUGGUAAAAAAUAGAAGAGAAGAUUCUUGUAAAUACUUUUAUACCUAAAUAAGUGCCAUAUUCUACAACUAUACAUAAAUAGCCUCCUCAUACACAUGCAAUAGUAGAGACAUAGGAUUUUUAGAAUUUGUUUAGUUUAUUUUAAUAUAGAUGGGAUGAAGAAGUAAAAGAAAUAGAUUAUUCUAGAUUUAUAUGA